AAGAGACUAGGAGCCCUUAGUAUACAAAUGGUGGUGGACGACGGUGAAGGAUGGCGCUUCUUGUCUUGCAUAUGGCUUCAUGCUGGAGUCAUCCAUCUAGCCACCAAUAUGAUGAGCCUCCUAUUUAUAGGAAUUAAGCUUGAACAAGAGUUCGGAUUCCUGAGGAUAGGGCUGCUGUAUGUGCUUUCCGGCUUUGGAGGAAGCUUGAUGUCUGCAAUUAAAGCCAAAGGACAUACACCAAUGGUUUCAGUUGGUGCAUCAGGAGCAUUAUUCGGUCUUUUGGGAGCCAUGCUUUCUGAGCUCAUCACAAACUGGACUAUCUACGCAAAUAAGUGUGCAGCACUUAUGACUCUUGUGAUGGUUAUUGCCCUAAAUAUGGCGCUUGGUUUUCUACCUCGUGUGGACAGUUCUGCACAUAUUGGAGGAUUCCUCUCCGGAUUUCUUCUUGGAUUCAUUCUUCUAGUCCGUCCUCAAUACGGGUAUGUAAGUCGCAGACAUAUCCCCCAAGGAUUUGAUACGAGGCACAGGAAACCCAAGCACAAAUGCUAUCAAUAUUUGCUGUGGGUUAUAGCUCUAAUAGCCUUACUUCUCGGGUACGCAAUGGGCUUGAAUAAGCUAUAUGGUGGCCAGACAUUAGAAAACAACCCUGUCCAGAGCAUCACUUAACAAGUGGUUUGUUUGUCAGUUGACCAGUUGGAUUCUUCAGGCAACACGAGUAGAAUGCUGG